CUCUGCUACAACAAAAUGUCUGGACGCGGUAAAGGAGGCAAAGUUAAGGGAAAGGCAAAGUCCCGUUCGUCUCGUGCUGGUCUCCAGUUCCCGGUAGGCCGUAUUCAUCGUCUACUGCGAAAGGGAAACUAUGCCGAACGCGUCGGUGCUGGUGCUCCCGUAUAUCUGGCAGCAGUGAUGGAAUAUUUGGCUGCUGAAGUUUUGGAAUUGGCAGGAAAUGCUGCCCGUGACAACAAGAAGACCCGUAUUAUCCCGCGUCAUCUGCAAUUGGCCAUUCGUAACGACGAGGAGUUGAACAAACUUCUUUCCGGUGUCACCAUUGCCCAGGGAGGUGUCUUGCCAAAUAUUCAAGCCGUUCUGUUGCCCAAGAAGACCGAGAAAAAGGCUUAAGCGACUAUUUCCCAUCAAAAAAACCAAAACCGUCCUUUUCAGGACGAACAACAUUGUGCAUGAUGAGUUGGAUUUUUUCUACAUUAAGCUUGACGUAAUUAACUGACACUUUUUGUUCAACCUUAGUUCACCCUGAAAGAAUACUACUUCUUUUCUUUAUACCAUUGAGGACAAUUUGACCCUCUAGUGCCCAGUGCCGGACUUCAGUGAAACCACUAAAAGCUUCAAUAAAUACUUAAAAAAUGUUUAUAAAGAUUCAUAGUGAUUUUACCGAAGUCCGUCUA